AUGAAGUUUUGGAAGAGUUUAAGCAUAUUGAUCGAAGAAGCGUUGCCUGAUUGGAGUGACAAGUUUUUGUCGUACAAGGAUUUGAAGAAGCAGUUGAAGUUGAUAUACCCCAAAGAUGAGGGAGAGAAGCAGCCUAAUAAACGGCCCAUAUUGGUUUCAGCGGACGGUGGGGAUGGUGGGUGUAAAGAGGAGAGCGAGGUUUCUAAGGAGAUGAUGGAUUUCGUUUUGUUGUUGGAAGAUGAGAUGGAGAAGUUUAAUGCUUUUUUUAUUGAAAAAGAAGAGGAUUAUGUUAUCAAAUGGAGGGAGCUGCAAGAUAGAGCAGCAAAGGCCAAAGUAUCAAACGGGGAGUUAAUGAAAGUGGGGAGGGAGAUAGUAGAUUUUCAUGGAGAGAUGGUUUUGUUGGAGAAUUACAGUGCCCUUAACUAUACAGGACUAGUGAAGAUAAUAAAGAAAUAUGACAAGCGAAGCGGUGCUCUUGUUCGCUUGCCCUUCAUUCAAAAGGUCUUGCAACAACCAUUCUACAGGACUGAUGUUCUUAACAAGCUUGUGAAGGAGUGUGAGAUGGUGCUUGAUCAUCUUUUCUCCAUGAAUGAACCAUCAGCCUCACCUGAAACAACUGAUGAGAUACUAACCAAUGAGAAAGAAUGUGAAUCUGAAACUUCUAGCUCAAGUAAUCAAAGGCUGCUCAAAGCUCCGAAAGAACUUGCUGAAAUUAAGAAUAUUAAGAACAUGUAUAUGAAGCUAACAUUGUCAGCACUAUAUGUCUUGAAAGUGAUCCGGAGUGGCAGCUCAACUGUGAGCAUGUUCUCACUGCCACCUUUGCAAAAUCAUGCAUUAGAGGAUUGGAAGAGAAUUCCUGUGUUAGAACAGACAGCCAAAUAGGUUUUCAACUUGCAACGAUGGAGUUUGGAUGUGGAACACUGUUUCUCCCUCUUUUCCUUUCCCUUACAUUUUCAUUGCUGUUUUUUUUCCCCCCUUCUUCUUGUUUUUCAUACGUAUACUGCUGCUGGAUACAAGCCAAGCUUUUAUAUCCUUAAAUCCAAUUCUCAUUUGAACUUGUAUGAACUUUUCCUGUAGGAAAUUUUAAAUACCGGCACAUUUGGUUUUGAUCUUUCUUGUAUACUGAUAAUAUUUUAGUAUUACACAUGUUUGGUUGCAGU